AUGCCCCCGACCUCCGCCUCCCCGGCCAAAAAACGCAUCAUCCUCGAGAAAUCCCGCACGGUGCGCCGGCGGUACCAGCGCAGCAACCAACGGUUCCAGUUCACGGCGUCGCAGAUCGCGCGCAUCGAGCGCGAGCAGGAGCGCGAGCGCCGGGCGCAGCAGCUGCGCGACCGCGACCGCAAGCGCGUCGCCAACAAGAAGAAGAAGGCCGAGAAGGCGGCGCGCGACCGCGAGGAGCGCCGGCGGCUCGGCUCCAUGGGCCUACCGGAUCCGAAUGCCCCUGUCGUGCCGUCGAGUCAGCCUUCGUUGUUGAGGUUUAUUCGGAAGCCUGCGCCGCCGAUUUUGGGUGGUGAGGGGAUGGGUGAGGAUGAAAAUGGGGGUGCGGAUGGUGAUGAUGUUGAGAGUGGUGAUGAUGAUGAUGAUGGGGAUAUUUUGGGGGAGGGUGCGGAGUUUGAGGACGUUGAUCUUGAGGGGUGGGAGUGUGGGUCUGUUACGGAUGCGGAGGAGGGUGUGGUUCAUGGUAUAUUGGGGGAGGACGAGGUGGAGGGUGGUGUGCAGGUUGAGAAGGGUGAGGAUGCUGCGCGCGCUGUUGGUGCUGCUGCGGCGGAUCACACUACCGAUACGGAUGAUGAGUUUGGCUGGGAGGAGGACCUUGCGGAGGUUGACGAGUUCUCUGAUUGCUCCAUCUUCGAUGAUGAGGACAUCAUCAAAAAGAGUGAGGCCGUGGCGGCUGAGGUGUUGGUCACGGAGGAUGUUGGAGAUACCCUGAGUGCGGGCGCCGAUGCGAUAGACACGAUUGCGCUGAAGACGAAUGCGAUAGACACCAAUGCAAUCAACGCCGAUGCGAUAAACACGAAUGCGAUAGACACUAAAAGCGCAGACGCUGUGGAAAAACCCCACGCCGAGCUUUUGACAGUGCAAGGCGCUAUACCUGCCUCGUCGGCAGGCGAUUCAUUUCAGGACGACACAGCCAUUUUGUUGGAGCAAUUGGGCCACGAGUUCGACACCGAUGAGGAGUUCGAACAGGCAUUGGUUGCAUUGGAUGCUGUGUGA